CAUGUUUGGUCUUUGAUGCCUUUAAUCCCACCCUCAGCGGCCGAGAGGGAGGAGAGAAAUUCGCGGAAGAGAAGUGAGCCACACGCCGAGAGCAGGAUCCCGGCGGGAGCGGAGCUGCGGGAGGGAGGGAGGCGGGAGCGGCCGUGCGGGGCUGCCCAGCGGAUCGGGAAGGAGGGAAGAGAAGUGGAAGCAGACGGAGCAGUUCCUGAGAAGGAGGAGAGGAGCGAGGCCAGCCUGAUCCGCCCCCCGCCUCGCCGCCGGAGCUACGUGCCGCCCCAGGACCUGCAGAGCUGCCUCGAGUCCCACGUCAGGGAGGUCUUCGGGCCCGCUGUUCCCGAGGACUGGCAGCAGGCUCCCCUGCAGGAGACCAGGCUGAAGCAUCGCCUGCUGGCCCGGCUGGCGGCAGAGCUGGGACACGCCGUGCCCAACUCGCAGCUGCACCGCAUGCGCCGCGCCGGGGACGUGCUGGGCUUCUAUCGCAGCCCCGUCAAGGACGGCACCGAGAUCGAUGAACUCGCGGCCGCAGAGCUGCCCCCGAACCUGAAAAUCAUCUGGCAGCAGUGAGUCCCCCCACAGAGCAUCCCUGUGCCUGGCUGGUGCUGCAGGACAGCAGCACGGCCCUCUGGCUGGGGUGAGCUGUGAAUUUCAGUAAUAAAGGUUCACUGUGCUGUGCGCA